AUGGAUCUCAGGAGAGUGAAGAAUCUUCAGGCACUGGUCAAUGCAUACAGACAGGAUCCUGACCUCGUGGGAGCUAAGCAGCUUAAAGUGCUGAGGGCCCAUGUGGAGAACAUCUUAAAUGCUUACACAGAUGCCUUUGGCAGAAAAGCAGUUGAGGAGGAAGACAAAUUUGAGGUCAUCAACAGCAAUGAAAGCGAUUCUGACAUUGAUGAGGACGGCGAGAUCCUUGAGCCAGACCAAGAUGUCCUCCAAGAGAUGGGAGAUGAAAACGUGAGGCUCACCAGCGAGAUGAUGGAUCAGGCCGAUGAAAAGAGAGAAGAAGCUUUCGAUGCUCUUGAGAAAGGCCAUCUCCAAAGAGCUGUCAAGCUGUUCACUGAGGCCAUCAAGUUGAACCCCCAGUCCAGCGUGAUGUACGUGAACAGAGCAAGUGUCUUUGUGAAACUGAAGAAACCAACUGCUGCUAUCAGAGACUGUAACAAGGCCUCUGAGCUCAACUCCAAAUCUGCACUGCCGUAUAAAUGGCGGGGGAAGGCCUACAUCCUCCUGGGGCAAUGGAAGAAAGCGGCUGAGGACUUUGCCACGGCUUGCCAAUGGGACUGUGAUGAAGAAACUAACGCUUUGCUUCAAAUGGUGCAGCUCAGACUCCGGAAGAUUGCAGAGUAUCAUAAAAAAUAUGAGCAAAGGCAAGAGCUAAAAGCAAUUCAGGAGCAGCUGGAGAAAGUGAGGUUGACUCUGGAGGAGCAAGAAUCAGUCCAGCGUGAGGAGAAUUCCUGGGAUGAACUGGCAAGAGCCGGUCGGAAGCAUCUCAAAUUCUUCUUCACGCUCUUGGAUCCCAGGAUGAUGAUGGCUUUCCUGGAUGUUGUUUGGAAUCCUGAAAACAUCUACAAAUACCGAAAGAAAGACUUGCUUAUCAAGCUCACUCGAAAACAUUAA